AUGGGUAGUGGACAUACCUUCCCCAAUGCUGCCAAGUUCCGUGAUGCCGUUUAUUUGAUGUCAAUUGCUAAUAUAUUUCGUUAUCACUUCAAGAGGAAUAGUACGAAACACAUGACAAUUGUUUGCACAGUUACUAAAUGUCCUUGGAAAGUCACAGCUCGUGCAAUUGGGGAUUUGAACAUCGUCCAGGUUCACACUUUUCAUAACCACCAUAAUCAUAGUUUGGAAGAUGUUGUUGUAUGCCAACCUUUAGUGAGAUCUAAUCGGGCUUCAUUGCUUAUUGAUGAUGUCAUCCGAUCCACUCCCGAUUACCAACCCCGCCAAAUUUGUAAGGACUUUCAAAGGCAACAUGGGAUGCAAUUGACGUAUCUUCAACUAUGGAAUAUCAAGGAGAAGGCAAAUGAGCGCAUUUAUAGAGAACCUAAAUAUUAUUACAAAUUGUUGCCUUGGAUGUGUGAGAAAAUGGUUGCAACAAAUCCAGGAAGCAUUGUUGAGUUGGGGCAUUCAAGUGAUGGACAUUUUAAGCAACUCUUUGUUGCUCAUUCGGUAUCUAUCCAAGGGUUUGCAAUGGGGUGUCGGCCAAUCAUAGCUAUUGACUCUACCCAUAUGAGUGGGCCAUAUAGGGGUGCAUUAUUUUCGGCGACCUCAUACGAUACUAAUGACGCCAUGUUCCCCUUAGCCUUUGGCGUGAUGAGCUCAGAAAAUUAUGACGUUUGGUCUUGGUUUUUGCAAAAUUUGAAGAAGGUUGUUGGAGAUAAGGAAGUCGUUAUUAUCUCGGAUAGACAUCCCGCUCUCCUUCGUAGUGUUCCUGAAGUGUUUGGGCUUGAAAACCACACCUAUUGUUACCGUCACUUGAAGGAAAAUUUCAGCUCUUUCUUGAGCAAACAUUACACAAGAGGGAACAAAGGUAAAGAAAAUGCACUUCAAUUCCUUGAUAGUAUUGCCUAUGCAAGUUUAGAGCACGAUUACAAUGUUUCCAUGUUUGAACUACGGAAAUACAAUGACGCUUUGGCCAAAUGGGUUGAAGAAAAUGAACUUGAACAUUGGGCUAUGUCCAAAUUCCCAAAACAAAGAUGGGAUAAAAUGACCACAAACCUUGCCGAGUCGUUUAAUGCUUGGCUAAGGAAUGAAAGACAUAACUUCAUUUGUACAUUUCUAAUGGAGCAUAUGGCUAAGUUAGGUUCUAUGCUUGUCAAACAUAAAGAGGAAUCAAACAAUUGGAAGGAAUGCAUAAGGCCAAAAAUUGAAGAAAAAGUGGAGCAGAAAAUUGUCAAUGGUGAGGUGUAUCCGGUCACUCCUUUCAUGAACGGAAUAUUUGGGGUUUCUAUCGGAACCAUCUUCUUGAAUGUGGACAUUAUGAAGCGUACUUGCACAUGUAGGGGUUGGGAAAUGUUGGGCAUCCCUUGUGAAAAUGCGACAACCGUUAUUCUUUCCAUCGGUCAGAAUGUUGUUGAUUUUAUUCAAGAUUGGUACAAAUUCCUAAUGCAAGAGCUGAUUUACUCGGGCUCAUUUUCUUGUAUAGAGACCCAUGACAUGCCAAUAGUCGCUAAUGAUGGUUUGGUUCGAUCUAUCAUCGGUGAAGUUUUCUUCUCUCUUAACCCUCUCCAUACUAAGCGGCCUCCCGACAGACCAAGAAAGAAGCGCAUUGAGUCCCAAUUUCAAGAUAAACGGACUGUCUCUUGCUCAAGAUGUCAUACUUCCGGGCACCAUAGGAAAACGUGCAAGAACCUUUUGUCUUAA